AUGAAUAGGAUUUUUAUAACUAGCUACAUCUGCUGUGCUGUGUUCCUCUUUUCUUUUUUUAGAAACAUCAAUCUCUCUGUGAUCGGCCAAUAUGUGGACUACCUAAUAAAUGAGCAAGGUGUCAGGAAUGUAUUUGUGAAUGGAACAACAGGAGAAGGUCUAUCCCUAAGCAGUCAGGAGAGGAAACAGCUGGCGGAGGAAUGGGUGACCCAAGGCAAGGAUAAACUGGAUCAUGUAAUAAUUCAUGUUGGAGCACUGAGCUUACCUGAAUCAAAGGACCUGGCCAAGCAUGCAGCCCAGAUAGGAGCAGAUGGCAUAUCUGUCAUUUCCCCUCUUUUCUUCAGAGAGGUGAAUAAAGGUGAAUUAGUUGCCUUCUUCCGGGAAGUUGCAUCUGAAGCUCCUGACAUCCCAUUCUAUUAUUAUCACAUCCCUCCUAUAACUGGCAUUAAAAUUCAUGCUGAAGAGUUACUAGAUAGUAUGAAAGAGCAGAUUCCCACCUUUCAGGGAGUGAAGUUCAGUGACAGAGACCUCCUGGAUUUGAGGCGAUGUGUGCAAAAAAGCAAAGAUGACCAGUUUGUGUUUAUGUAUGGUGUGGAUGAGCAACUCCUGAGUGCCCUGGUGAUAGGAGUGAAUGGAGCUGUUGGAAGUACAUAUAACUACCUGGGCAAGAAACAUAACUUAAUACUGGAAGCUUUUGCCCUUGGAGAUAUCUGCACAGCACAAAAAUAUGAGUUCUGUAUUCAAGACUUCCUCGGCUAUCUCAUUUCACUAGGCUUUGGUGUUCCUCAAAUCAAAGCAGUCAUGACAUUAUUCUCCGGGAUCCCAAUGGGCCCACCACGACUUCCACUUUCAUGUGCCUCUGAGGACUUCAUUGCUAAAGUAAAAGCCAAAAUGGAGCACUGGAAGAACUGCAACUGUGAUUCAUUUUAAACCUCACUGUGGUCUUAAAAGAAUAGUCCGUAUAAUUUGGUAAAACAGUGUAGCUUGAAUGGUAGUAUUUGAAAUACUUGCUGAUUGUUGAUUUUCAUGAGGGAUUAUGCUAAUGUAUCUGGACUUGACUGCUUUCUGUCCAAAACAAUCUAUGUCUUCUGGCCUUGUCUGUGUAGAAGAUGAUACCUGCUUUCUAGUCUGCCAAUGCUGUGAAGUUUUCCAGGGGGAAGAAACUUUGAGAUAGGAGGAUCCUGUUUGCAACAAACCAAGAAGUCUUGUCUUCUGGAACAUUAGAGAGCAGGGCACAAUUUAAACCAACCAACUGAUGUAUUUCUUAUUACUUUCAUAUCUCAAAGCAGUAUGAAGAAUAAUUUGGCGCUUAAAGCUCUGCAUUUAUAGAACCCAAACUCUGGAAAUCUUUUAGAUUUGCUAAGUUCUUGAAAUUUGCAUACUGUUGAAAAGUUUCAAAAUAGGAACACAUCCAAUUGGAAUAACAUCAAUUGUAAUUAA